UACACAAUAAAAUGGAGGACGAGGAGUUUGUAGGUUGCAUCAGUUGCAUGAACACCAACGAUUUAUGCGACCUAUUUGCUUUGUACGCGGAAAACACGGAAACUUAUGCGAAAAUGUUUGAAACCUGUUUUGAUUUAAAGGUACCAAAUCAUCUGAAAUACAUUUGUUCGGACUGCGUGGAACAUUUGGAGAAGGCUCUCGCAUUCAAAGGGCAGACUACCAAAAGUCUGUCCAUGUUACAACAUGUCAAAGAUGAAGAAUACCUAGACGAGUCGAUUCUAGAAGAAGCGGAAGGCAGUUCCAGCGAGGGUAAGAAACUGGUGGUGCUGAAGAACGUGGGCUCCGAUGGAGAGGAUGAUGAUCUGGAUGGUAAGCAGAAUUUCCUCAAAUCUUCUUCAUAUUUUUGUGGUUAAAAUGUAGUUUAGUGUAACGAUUUAGUUAGUGUGACUGGUUUUAUAAGCCGUACUUAUUAAAGUAGAUAUAUACACGGUGAUUUUUAGUCGUCUUACAAAAGCAGCCCUGUUCAUGUAUCCGACGUAAAAUACC